AUGGGUGUCGGUCGCUUUCUCUGCGUGGCUCUGCCGUUUAUACUGUCCACGGCAUCCCUCAUCUUCCUCCUCAUCGCCUGUCUCGGCGGUGUCUCCAACAAGGAUCUGCACAUGUUCCGCGUGAACACGACGAACCUCGAGAUCAACCCCGCCGACUUUAAGGACAUUGUAUCCGAUAUUCUCUCGCGCGAUGUGCUGCCCGAGGUCAACAUUGUGGCUCGCCAGGACGCUUCCGACAUCGAGGGCGCUGUCAGCGACGCUCUGACGAACAACAUCACCGCCAAGGCCCUCGGCCUCGACAACGUCUACGACAUUGCGCUCUGGGGCUUCUGCACGACCGACAACAAGGGCGACCGCAGCUGCACCGAUCCCCAGUUUGACUGGGCCCACAAGCAGCUCAACACGUCUUUCAUCGAGGGCGUCGGAGAUGUCGCCGGUCGCCGCGUCGAGCUUCCCUCGGAGGUCGAGGACUCGCUGAAGCUCUUCAACACGGUGGUCAAGUGGACUCAGGUCGCCUACAUCAUCGCCUUCAUCUCUCUGGCGCUGUCGGUCAUCUUUGGCAUCUUCGCCAACUGCACGCGCGUCAUGUCUUGCGUCACCUUCCUCGUCGCGCAGGUGGCCUCGAUCUCGGUCGUCGCCUCGGCUGCCCUCUCCACCGCCAUGUCCGCCAUUGUCGUCGGCGCCAUCAAGGGCACGGGCAAGUGGUACGGCGUCGGUGCCAGCUUCGACACGACGUUCCUUGCGCUCGUCUGGAUCUCGGCGGCGUGCGCUCUCGGUGCCGGUUUCUUCUGGAUGUUCACCAUCUGCUGCUGCGCACCCAGCCACAACUCGCGCGAUCGCAAGAGCCGCAACCGUGGCUCGACCGACGCCGAGAAGCUCCUGCCCGGUGGCAACUCGUAUCAGCCCCUCGCCUCGCCCGCGAACCAGGGCUUCUACAACCCCCAGCAGCCGACCUCGUUUGGCGCCCCUCACGCUACUCGUGAGAUGGCUUACGAGCCCUACUCGCAUCGUCAGUAA